AUGUUCAGACGAAGCAGUUCGAGAGCAAGUUCUAUCGACACUAUGCAAGAUUUAAAGAGGCAGGGCGGCUGGUUGUGCAUAGAUAGUAAACCUGUCUUAAAUUGUUAUUUAAAAAUUGUAGGCAGGUGUGCUGUUGCUGACGCUGAUGGCGAACGCAGAUGGACCGGCGAAGGCAGAUGGAUCGUCGAAGCCGAAGGAGAUGUACUCGGAGAAUGGAAGCGAAGGUAUGUUUUGAUAGUUAAGAGGAGUAUGACAAUAUGACAUGGCCUUUAUAGAUUAAGGCAUGCACAAGAAAUUUCCACAGACAUAUUUUAUACAAGCGCCGAGUAGCAUUUUAUUUUUGUCAUUAAAACGUAAUACUUCGCCAUGCUGGCACAAAAUCUAUGUUUUGCCUCGUGCAAAGACAAAUAUCACACGAUUUUUCCUGAUUUUGUCGAGUCUAUGUUUGACAAAUCGUGCAUCCCGUACAAACGAGAAUAAAAAGUAACUGAAAUAUGAAAAGCUUGUCAAUGCUUAUUGAUUUACGCUUAAGGUUUUUAAAGUAUUAAAAUAACAUCGCUGUACAUGUCGGCGAAAUUGCGUUAUAUAUAUUGCAGCAAAAUGCACUCCGCACUCGUGUUGGUUUAAACAAUGCCAUUGACAAUGGUCUGGACAGUGAACUACAGCUGCAAUAUCACAUCUUCACGUCAGUACAAACAGUCUGGGCUGUUUUAUAUAGGUUAACACGCUGAAAUUUGUUUAAUAUUCUUUGAUAUGAUAUGUACAAAAAUGACUCGAGAUGACACGCUUAAAAUUUGGCGGUCGAAACAGAUUUUAUUAACGCUAAUGACAAAACAACGGGAAGUGAAAAGGCCUAGCACAAUUGACAAAUCUGCCAUUCUUGCAACGAUGUUGCCCUUCGAGCGGCCUUUGGUCCUCAACAUAUUUUAUACAUCGACGUCUUUGCAAUUUCUGCAUGUACUGUAUUAAGGUAUAUUGCUAAAAUGGCUUGUUUUGCAUCUUAAUUUUCUCAUAGAUACAGGUUGUACCACUUGAAGUCACGGAUAGGUAACUUUCCUAAAACAAAAUAAAUAAUGACUUGUAUUGUUUUUCUAGUAGGUUUCACAUCCAGUCACAGUAAUGGCUAGUUUCCACUCAGCGGACAAGAAAAUUUUUCUUUGUGUUGAAGUCAUGAUUAGUUCCAACCCAGAGCUCAAAAGACAAAGAAAAAUUUUUCUUGUCCGUUCCAAUCCACGGAUAAUUCUCCUGAGUGAAAACUAGCCUUUACAGUGACAUGCCUGACUGGAAAGUUUGAAAAUUGCGCGCAGGAAAUUUUAAAAAUUUUAUGAUUGCAUUUGAAUUAGUUCCCGCCAACAGUUUUAUAACUUAAAGCGUUCGAGAUUUUUGCGUGUUUUUUUUGUCGGCAAUUUGACGUCAGUUCAGCGAUCUGCGAGCGACACCAAGAAUGGCGUUUAAAAAUAUUUCGAUCUGCAACUUUGUGGCAUAUAAACAGAGACAUUUUUUUCUAUAAAUACUGGCCUUGUCAUAUUCAAGUUUUGUGGGAGAUCCUUUAGAGGAAGGGGUAUGUCAACUUUUAAAAGCACCUAUGGCUAUGAAUGUUUUAUUGCUAACAUAAUAUGAAAUAUAUUCACCUAGCUGUGUCACCACAUAUCAGGGUAUACUAUCUUUCUUAUUAUAUAGUUUUGCAGUUCUGAUUGUGUACAGUCUUAGUCAUUAUGCACCAAUCAAUGUUAUGCCCGACCCUAGGGAGGGAGGGCAAACCCUGGGGCAUUUGACAUUUUCAAUAUUUUUGUGUCAAUAGGCCCUGCUGUGAAGCAGCACUUUGUGGUCAAUCAUAGUCAAAUGCCCCUCACCCCUGAGUUAGAAGAAAACUACAAAGAUGUUAUAAUCUGCUCAAACAAUUUAUUUAUAUUUUGUAUAAUAUAGCAUUUGUAAAUUCUGAACGCUAUAAAUUGUCGUUCACGUUGCUCUUGGAUUCAAUUGUAAUCAUUAUUUUCUCCUUUCUUAUUAUUUAUUUCCUAGUCUAUUAAGUAAUGUACUAAAAAGACAAAACUUAACAAGAUUUAAAAAGCCGCAAGUAAAGUGAUAUUAUUCAUGAAUUCACUUUGCAACUUUACUGAAACACGCCAUGAUGUCGGCCUCACUUGCGAAAUUAAUAGGAGAUUGGUAACAAGAAUGUCAAAAUGCCCCACCCUGGGAGCAUCCUUGAUGUCAAAUAAAAUAAAAUCCCCGACCCAGAAGCAGGGAAAUCAGGUCAAUUCCCUGUGUAUCCCCGCCCUCUCUAGGGUCGGGUGUAUCCCCGCCCUCCCUAAUGGUGUCAUCCAAAGCUGACGUAUUAUACAAAAAGGUCAACAAAUAGAUUUUGUUUCCUCAUCAACAGAUUGUUCAUUGGUUCUAUGCAAUAGGAGUAGCUUUGAAAAUGCCAUUAAAACCAUAAUUGGGACAAAAACUGACUAAGUAUUCCUGUAUAUGAAAUUGUUAUUAAAUUCUACAUGUCCAAUGAUUCAUUCAAGUAUUAGUAUAUUUGUUUAUACAUUUAACAAUUUUUAGUAUAAUUACGUAGGUGAUUAUUGAAUAUUCUGCACGCUGAUUGGUUGCCGUUGAGGUGAUUAUUACGCGAUAAUCACCUAAGGAUUUUCAAAAUGGCAGCCGAAGCCUUUUUGUCAAUUAAACGAUGAAGAAAUGUGUAUUUUCUUAUUUUAUUCCAAAUAAUCACCUAUGAAAUUAUCCUAAAACAAUUAUUCACUUCGGCUCGGUGAUUAUCGUGAAUAAAAACCUCAACUUUGUCUUGGUUUUUAUUCACCCAUAAUCGCUUUGCCUUCGGCGAAUAAUUGUUAAAUAUUCGCCAAGGGCGAUCAGGUGAUUAAUAUCAGGGAAUAUUUGCUGAAACAAAUUUGAGGUGAAUAUAUCCCCAAUAAUCACCGGGCCUGAGGUAAAUAAUUGUUUUAGUAUUUUUGUUUUUGUGGGACUGAAUUUAUUUUAAUUUCGCUUAUUCCUUUAUCAGUAUAUUCUUCCACAAAAUGGCUAUAUAGCCACCAUUUUGAAAAUUUUGGUUUUGUUAUAUAUAACAGCUUCAUACGUCAAAUUUGACCAAUCAACUUGUAGGAUUUGUUAUGUUCACUUGUGCAAGACUAGAAUUCCAUUGCUUGCACUUGGCAAUGCAUUGUCAAUUAGGUUGUCAUUCCUUCCUGAAUUAGGCUGCCCAAAAAAAUUUGCACUUUUCCCACUUGUAAUAUGAUUUGGUGAAAAGAUUACAAGCCCUGCACUUGUCACAUCUGUUUGUGCUUUUGCACAAGUUAAAAUGCAAGUGAGAAGAUUGAGUUUAUAAUUAAUAUGCAAGAUGCUUGAACAAAUUUGAUAUAAACAUCAAAGCUAUUCACAAAGUAGCUUUAUGUAAAAUUGCACUAAUUUUUCAUUUUAGAUGGAUCCUCCUGAAAGCUGGUGACUUUGAUACGUCUGCCUCGCUGUUGCACGCAGUACGGUCGAAGUUCCGCGAUGGAGCGAUGUACCUUGAUCCAGUGGCUACCAGCCAGGAUGUAAAUUGCCUCCGGCAGUGUCUCGUUAAAGAGUACCGCCAGGUGUACCCUGGUUCUCGGCGCAUCGGAUACAUCGCUGAACAUCUGGGAUACCAGAAUAUUCCAAACAGCAAUUAUUGGUAUCUUGGAGAAGAGGUAAUAUUGUUUAAAUUCUUGUUGGAAAUUUUUGGCCUAAAAAUAAUAUAUGACAUGCUAAAACUAAAAGUUACUAUCACAAGGAAAGUGCUGCCAUCAAAGGAAAGAGAGUAAACACAAUUUGCUGAAUAAGGCAUGUUGAUACGGUUCCAGCACCGCUUUGCCAGGACGACAUAUUAGGCGAGAUGAUUUUGUGGAAAACUUUAUUUUCUAGAGAUGGAUUAUAGUUAACUGUAAACGAAAGGUUGUUCAAAAAGCUAUAAAAAAUCUUGAAAUACAUGAUCUUCUCUACAACAUUUGAGUUCGGUUAGCCAGCAUUUGAAAUUUUGUUUAGUCUAGUGACUUGUUUAAAUACACCAAAAUCAUCCCAUCUUCCAUCAUGUAAACAGCCCAGCAGAGUAUGCCCAUUCACAGGUUAGUUGCUGACCUAACUUUCAUGACCUAACGUUGCAUGACCUAACUUGCGAACGGGCAUACUCUGGGUACGAGAUUGCUAAUAUGUCUGUUCAGGAUGCAGGAAAAGACUGAAAAGUGCAAUUUGAAUAUCAAACACCUUGCACAAAGUCUAAGGUCAGCUAAAUAUUUUAAUCCUUGAAUCCCUUCAAUGCUUUAUACUGAAACUGUCUGUACCAGUGUAGGUAGUACCAAAGUGAAAAUGCUGUGCUGAGUGGUUAUAUUACUACCUUAAAAAAUAAGCAGGAACUCAACAUUUCGAGCGAAAGGGCCUUCCUUUAUAACUUCUUGCUUUUGUAUGUAUAAUUAUACUGUUAAUGGUGAAGCUAGCCAUUAUUAAAGUAAACUCUGCAUGUCCAAUGAUUCAUUCAAAUAUUAUCAUUGUUGAUAUAUAUGGCAAUAUGACAUUGUACAGUAUUCAGUAGCAAGCGAGCCAUGGCAACUGGUCAUGCUAUGCUAAUAAACCUGCACUAUUUGAAUAAUGCAAAUCAUUAAAAGCUUGCAUAACAUGACUUGUUGCUACAAUUUCAUAUACCUUACUUGUAUUAAAAUUUGCGCAGUACUAAAAUUCGCACAGCGCUGCGUUGCGCGAGUUUUAGUAAUGUGCGAAAUAUAAUCUGUGUGAAAAGUUUUGUGAUGUAAUGAGACACCGGUUGUUAGUAAUGCAAAUCAGUUGAUUUGUGUAACCUGAUUUAACGCACAUCUACACAUUUGACAUAUCAUAUGUUCUAAGUUGUCCUGUCAAUAUUAAAAAUAAAAAUGUCUUCCUCCCAGACAAUUUCAGUCUGGAUAUUCUCGGGUUCCACAUAGCAUUCCAUAACGAAUGCCUGCAUUUUGCCACAGAUCCUCAAAUAUUGUCGCCAAAGGUUGGCAAUGAUCAUGUGUGAGCGCCACAUUGGAAGAGCCACAACGAAAAGAGGAUCCAUUUGAACUCUAGCUAAAUAUAUUUGUGUGUUUUGAGAUAUAUUUGUGCGUUUGAAAUAUAUUUGAGUGUUGCACUUGUGGGCCAUAGUUUUAUACAUGAGAAUAUAUGGGAAUGCUAAUAAAAGAGAUUAUUAUUGCAUUAGGCAAAUGAGAACCAUACAAUAAAUGUUUUAGUUUUAUUACAUAAUUUUGAAAUGAUUCUUGAGGCCACCUAAUCGUUUUUUUAUUAAGUUUUGAUAAAAAGUACUCGUUAUAAAUACAUUAAUUGUUAAUAGUUCUAUUGAACAAACCAAAAAGAACGAACACGGAAAAUUUCUUGCUCGAAUUUAAAGCUGCGCGCAUAUGAACAAGGUGCGCGAAAUUAAAUUGCGCAUCAAUACGACGCGAUUAUUGUUUUAAUGGCACAUUCAAGACUACCCCUAUUGCAAAACAACUGAACAAUCUGCUGAUGAGGAGACAAAAUCUAUGUUGACAUUUUUGUCAGCUUCAGAUGACCAUAUUUCAUUUGUAAUGAUUAAGAUUGUAUUUAAAAGUAAAUUACUAUAUGGCAAGCAUGUGUUAAAUUGGCAAAUCUUGCUGUGUUGAUUACCUCUAUACCUGUUUGAUAUGUUCUUGCACAGUCCUCACUCUUAUUAUUGUAUACAUAUGUUUGCAACAUAUAUAGUAUAUGCCAUUCUUGCUUAUGUGAAUUGUUAUUUUUUUAUUAUAGCUGCACAUUGAGAACAAUGCAGCUCUCCCUGAGGAGGCGUUCAGAGUGUUUCAGGGCGAAAAUGACCUCCAAGCUUUUUCCACCACCAUGAACCAAGAACUGCUGGACCCCUUGAUCAUGAAGGAUGCCAUGACCAGGUGAUAAUAUAACAUUAAGCCAUGUUAUCUAAAAAGUAUCUGUUGAAUAAUUUUGUGAUAUUUAUUCAUAUAGCUUGAUGAGACACGCGGAAUGCUUUGGCGUCAACACACAAAGUUUUAAGCUGGCCUUGGCCUUUGUGGCGUCCAGGAUUCUUCGGGCUAGUGAAAGACAGGAAGCUUGGAGUAAGUUUAUUUGUAUAGGUAAUCACAUGAUGGCGAUCAGUACAAGUGAUGUUUGGAAAUUUUGCCAUACUUGGAUGUGCAUGAAGUCCAAUUGGACAUCACAAGUACUAUUAACCCAUUAAGCGCUCUUCCCUUGACGAGUAAAAUCAUCUGGCGUUAGACAUAGUAAAAUACUAAAGUAGGGUGUAUCAGGGUGCAUUGCCACUCAAUGGGUUAACUAGACACAUGGGUAGAUAGGUUAGUUAAUCCCAAAUCCCAGCAACAUCGCUUGUUUAUUAUUGGCAUAACAAAAUUGGAUACUUCUCGAUGUCAAUAUUCUCUCACCAAAGCCCAGCUGCCAGACUUUCAACCAAAAUUUGGUGCUUUUGUUCGUAUUUUUAUUUAUAUACUAAUAGUAUAGGCUAUUUCCAAAUGGUCUAAUUUACCUAAAUGUGUUAUUGCCAGGUAUUGUUAUUCGAGUCAUCUUACCAACAUGUGUGUAUGCAUGUGUGUAUGAUGUUUAAAUGUAUUUGUCAUUAUUUAGGGGAGAGCAACAUUGCCAUGCUUUACUCUGAAGCCAGGAAUUGCGGAAAGUCGUUAUCUCUACAGCUUUUUGCAUACCUUCAGGGAGCAACCGUACCGCACCCAAUCAUCUUUGCUGGCGGCAAUGAGACAACGUUGCGGUAAGUUUUGUUCCACAAGUCGUAACUAACUUCUGGUACAUAAAUGGCAAAAAAUUAAAUCUAAUUUUUUAAAAAACUAUUUGUUCCAGGCAGUCGAUGAUUCGGGCAGUGUCAAGCACAACCUUGGUGUCGCUGUUUGAUGAUCCUAAGAUGACAGCCUCCUUCUCCGAGUAUUUGUACCAACUACAAGGUAGGUACCCUUAAAAGUGAUUUAGUAGAAACUAACCAAGCUGAGGGUUCCCUUCCUAAGAAGUCUGAGAAGCUCAUGAAUACAAAGUAAGAAUCUGUAGGUUGAUACAAACAGUGUAAGCAUAAAAACAAUUCUUCUUGAUAGUUGUGGCCUAAAAAUGUUGAAUUAAAUGUAUUCAAAAAAUGAUUAUUAUAUUUCCAAAUGAUAAUAGUGAUAAUGAUAAUAAACAAGAAUAUAACAUUCUCACACUGGGUUGCCGUGUAGUCUGCCACCGCAAAAGUAGCAGUGCCUUUAUUUAUUAACAAUUGUUUUCAUACACAAAAUUAACAUAUAGACCCAAUAUUAAUAACCCUAAACAAUGUCUCGAACCACAAGGGUGGGCGGGUGGGAACUACCUCACUUGCGGCAAAAGACAAAACAUGCUCUAUCUCAAGGCGCAUGCCCAUAUAAGGGCAUCACACCUCGCCCGGGGCCCCCCAGUGUGAGAACCCGUUUCUUGCUUCUUUCAUACUUCAGCCAGCGAGAAACUAUAAAUAUUUAACAAUUAUUCACCAAAGGAGAGAUGAUUGAUUAUGGCAGAAUAUUUGCUGAGACAAGUUGAGGUAAAUAUUCACCGAUAAUCACCGAACCUGAGGCAAAUAAUUGUUUUAGUAUUUAUGUGCUUUUUGGGACUGAAUUUAUCCUUAUUUCUUUAUCAGUAUAAUGGCUACACAACGGCUAUCUGCCAUAAUCGAUAAUUUCCGGUUUUGUUAUAUUCACCUAUAGGUGAAUAUAACAGCUUAAUACGUCAAAUUUGACCAAUCAAUUUGUAAGAUUUGUUAUGUUCACUUGUGCAAAAAUUAUAAAACGAUAUAAAACUUAUAAUAAUUUCUAUUUCAAGGUGGCUUAACUCAGGGAUCAUUAAAAAGUGGCGUCCAUACGCCCAAGGGUACCAUUAUGUUCACUGGUACCACCAAGGAAUCUGACAGGUAUUUUAAAUUAUUGUAUCAAUUGUUACCCUUAUAUAGAUCUAAAUAUGGCUGCAUGUCACUACAUGGACUAACUUAAUAAGCUAAUCUUUUUGGCAAUUUCCAUUAAUGUAGAGAUGUCUUAAUUUCCAAUCCAUAUACUCUGAUAACCACUUUGUCUCUAAGACACAGCAGAAAUAUCUGUGAAACCCCAGUUCAAUUAGCUCGCUACCACAUUGGGUACCCAUCUUCGACCAUUUUGACCCCAAAAUUUCAAUAGCAUGUCGAGCAUUUCAUCCACAUGCACCUUGUCUACUGCAUCUCAUGCAAUGUUGUACUUAGUUUAAACAAAAGGCCAACAAAAUUUGUUUUUUAAUAUAUUUUUAUUAAUAAAUAUUAAUGAUCAUGAUAAUAAACACUUGUAAUGUUAAUUUAACCCUAGUUAAUUUUUUUUUUAGUUAAUUGGUUUUUUUGCAUUUGUUAAUAUUGUAUGUAUGAGAUAUACAGGAAACAAAGUGUUGUUCAUAAAUAUGUAUAAGAAUGUAUAGUCAUAUAGUUAAUGUUAUAUUGUGAUUGUAAUUUUAUAAAUUAAUUGUUAUAUGUUUAGUGUAUUUUGUAAAUCGUUUGGUGGGAAGUAAUAAAUAACAAAUAGUUCUGUUGUCUUUUUCACCAAUCGUGCAAUUGUUAAGUUAAUAAACAAAUAAAUCACGUGAGUAUCCAUCAUGGAUAAAUAUAUAUGUAUAAAAAUAAGUUAUAAUUUACAUUUAAUGUAUUUGGAAAGGCUCGGUUAACUACUUGCAUGUACAGUAUAUGUGUGAGAUAAAUUGUCACUCCUUUAUCUUUUGUUUGUAUUACAGACUGGAAGGAAGAAUCUUGAGAUUUGAUUUCACUAGAGAUCCCAACCGUUCUAGUGAAAAUGAAUCUCGAUUAGUGGACUUCGUCAAAGACAAUAAGGUACUAUAAAUUGUUCUUUACUGAGAUACAAUAGAUAAAGAACAAAAAUGUUUAAAAGUAUUUUCGGUGUACAUAGAGAUAUUGAAGCAAAGUGGGAUUUUAUAUGAAAAAGAAGGAAUCGAAGCAGAAGACAAUAUCUUUAGGUAGAUUGAAGUGAUCAAAUAACUGCCAAGCCUUGAGCAGUUGAGCAUGUUUAACACUCUACUCUAAACUCAAUAAUAUAGGCUUUUUGCAUCCAAGCGAAAUCUAUGUAUAACUGUGGAUGGCAUGGAGAAUGUUUAUCAAAUUGAUGAAUAGACAAUGAAUUGAGGAAUCGUCGAAUUGGUUAACGUUUUUACUCGCAAAACUGGCAAACCUAACACUCUUGAGAUAAAGACGAUUAAAAAUAGACUUACAGUUUAAUUUUAUUGUAGGGUUUGAUUGUAGCGUGGGGGAUGCGUAUGAAGGCCAUAUGGCCCGAAGUUGCUCGACAUGCCGUGGCCAUUCAACGCAUCCUGAAAAACGUAAUGCAGUCCUUGGCACCAGAUCAAAAUCGGUGGAGGGAAGCAAUGGCAAAGCUCCUUCUUGUUCAUACAAUGGUAUGUAAUAUAUGAACAACAAGAGCGAGCGUUUCACCGGGAUAUCCAAACACGAGAAAACAUGAAUCGAGACGUAACAGAAUGUUUUCGUUUGCUGAUUUGAAUAGAAUUCUUAACCAAGCAUAACAUAAUUAGGAAUUCUAUUCAAGUAAUUUUGCAUGCGUAAUUAAGAUAUUUGAUGAAAACACUAGUGACUUUCAUCAAGUAUCCAAAUGGCAUCUUGUGAUCAAAUAGAUGAUUAUCAUUGGCUGAAUUACUCGUGAAUUAUUAAUGAAUUUGAGAAAUGUAUAUAUAUAUAUAUACUUAAAAUGUCCAAUAGAUUGUGAAGAACAAAUGUCAAAAGCAACUGAAUGAUUGAUUUCUUUUUUAUUUGUUAAUAUUUUUCUAAACACAAAACUUUAGCAUUCACAGGUUGUAACCUUGUUUUUGCAUUCUUAAUAUAAAAAAUGUCACAGUUACUCCAUUACUGGUGUUCUAAUCUCACACAGGGAUGCAUCCAGCAUGAUCUGGUAGGGUGUUCUGCCAGUUUUGGUGCCGAGUUGUGUCUGUCGUGUGUGCCACCCGUCAAUGAUUAUUAUUAUCAUGUUAUUAUGCAAAUUGUCUUUAAUAUUUGUUUGCUUUGAAUAGCAUUCCCUUGCACCCCUCAAGCUAGGGUGUUCCCCAGCUUCCGCUACUUUUUGUUAUUGAGUUUGUCCAUUUUUUCCCAGAUCGAUGCCACUGCCGACCUUUCCCCAAGGAUUGCUGAUGUCAUUCAUUCCCUUGGUGGCAAUCGAAGCAGUACUGCCUUGGUGCUCAAAAGGCUGCAACGUUCAAUACUUGUACGCAUACGAGAGGAAGAUGUAAGAUUCCUUGUAGCUUCAUGCUGACAUGCAUGUAGCAUUAAUUUCAACAUUAUGCUGGACUGGUUGAAAUUUCCUUUUAUUUUAGCUUAAGGAUAAAAUCUUUUUGCAGGUUGCACCCUUGACAUGGAUCAAUCCAUCUGUCCGUGUCACACCGAGCAGUGAGGAUGAGUGGGUCCCAGGUUUUGCCAUCCGCAAAACUGCCUUUGAGAACCUGGACGUGUCGUGGAGCGUACGUAUCUUGCAUUGUUGAAAUACAAAUAUAUCGGAAUGUUUUAGGUGCUACAUUGACUAUUUAAAUGAAUGAGAAUGUGAAAAUAUAUUUUUAGCGUCUUUGUUCUUAAUAUUGUAGGAAGUGCAUUGUGCUUUGGGUGAAACCGCCAACAUCCAGCGGUCAAUUGCCUUUGCCAAGGACCGCUCCGCGACAUUGGCAGAUCUGCGUCGUAAAACAACAAAGUGUAUCACGACGGCCCAAGGAAUUAAGAUUCCGCGUGCGGCAUUGGACCAGCUGUUCCUGGACUGGAUUGACUAUGGUAAGUUUUACGUGAUUAUCAAAAAUCAACAAACUGCAGCUUGACUAUCUGUCCGAGUGUUUUUAGAAGGGAAAGAGCAUUUUUGAUGCCAGUAUGAUCAGAAUAGUACAUGUCAUUGAUAGCCUAUGUCAGCUAAAUGGAUUCUGUCAUGGUUGUAGUUCAAAUACUGGUUCAUUUUAUUAACUACAGUAGCUAUUAUUGCUAAUUGAUAAUAUUUUACAAACAGAAAUUGAUGAUGAUGGAGAAGAACCAGAAGACCGAUACAAUCCAGUCCAGGGGUCCAAUGUUUCCAGAGAAGACUUGGGCUGUCUGAGACAUGUUGAAAAGGAAGUCGUGGCCCUUGUCGCAGGUAUAUUUUCAUUGCAGUAUGAUUAUUCAUUGUGUGUACAAAAAAGAAUGAACAGAUGAAGACUGUAAAAAGGACGACAAGUUAUAUUUUUGAUACAUGAUAGUUUAGAAAUAUUGGAACAAAACCAUGUAAAUAAUUGAAAUAUUGGAACAAAACCAUGUAAAUAACUGCCGAUGGACGUUUUUAUUUAGAUCGCUUUUCCAGAAGGCCGGUUGACCCCACUCCUCCUAGACCAGUGUUGCCGGACUUCGAGAUUGCCACUGCGGUAAGUAAGGAAAAUAUAGAGUGUUUUGUUACAAUAAAAAAAAUACAAGCAAAAUAUCAACAACUUCAUAUUGUAAUCAACAUAGACUAGCGUGAUUGCCAUGUAUUUGUAUUGAUAUGUGUUGUAUGGGAAUACUCGGUUAUUACUAUAUGCAAAUUAAAUGGAUAUAUAACAAUAUACCAACAAAUAAGCUUGUGGUUUUUAAAAUAUUUUUAUUUUUAAUUUUUUUAUAUACAUGUUCCCUGUAUGAGAAAGAUCUAGUUGUAUUCAAAUAUCGCAGCCGACAUUUAGAAUAAUAAUAAAAUAAUGUAAAUAUACAAUAAUUGACUAAUUAUUUAUUCAUAUUUUAGCCUUUGACUCCCAGAAGUAAGCGUCUCCUGGAAACAAGGACGGCUUCUCCCGGGAAACGUAGAGUGCUACUUCUGGUAAGUAUUCAUUUUUAUUUAUAUAUGGCAAACAUGUAUUUGAUUGGCUGCUGACGAGAUGGGAUUCUCCCAUAUUGCCCACAGGGAAAACAGAUUUUAUUAUUGCCCUGCAAAGUUGCAAUAGACAAGCUUAGUUCUUUAGUUAAAAGUCUUUCAAAAUACGGUACUCAAAACGAGGAAAAGUAAACAUAAAAUAUGGAAAAGGUGUGACUGUUGCAUGUGCAUGGUUAAAGAACUUGAUUCUAACAUCUGGAGUUCCGCAAGGCUCUAUCCUUGUCCAGUUUUUUCUGUAUGUGAAUGGACAGUAAAAACAUCAAAGGUGACUUGUUUCGCUGAUGAAACCAAGGUUCUAAAUAAAGCUGGUUAACAACUUUGCACAUACCAUUGGUCUUCAAAACGAUUUUGACAACAUCAACACUUAGGUCAGAGCGAAUGGUUUGAAAUUCAACCAAGCAAAAUGCAAUUCCCAGAAGUGGCAAUUUUCAGAGUACAAAACAGAGUCAGACGUGCUAUAAUAUGUGUUAAUACUGUAUGUUUAUAUUUCCUUUUGUUCACAGUACACUUUACAACUAUAAUAAAUAUUGUUAUCAACAUCACAUGUUGUCCGUAUAUAAGCCCUCCACCAUAUAAAAGCCCCUCCACUAUAUAUAAGCCCCCCAUAUAAGCCACUCCUUCACAUAUAAGCCACUCCAUGUGUAACUCCACCAAAAGUGCUUGCAAACCAAUAUAAGCCCAGGGCUUAUAUUUGGUAUAAUAAUUCUGUUUUUAGGGCUUCCAGUUGGGCCAAUCAUAUUUGGAUCCUGGACUGAGAACUCCAUCUGGUAGAGUUUCAG